CUGACUCGAGCGGUAGCGUCAUGUCGUUCGAGGAGAUUCUCAACAAAGUGAAGCAGCACCCAGUGCUGUGGGACCCUACGCAUAAGUUUUACCGCCAGAAAUCCGUUCAAGCGGAAUCGUGGGCUAUCAUCGCCGCCGAACUUGAAUCUGAGGAGAAACUUGUGAGGAGUAGAUGGAAAUACCUAAAAGAUCAGUGUCGAAAAGAACUUAAGAAAGUUGCAUCGGGUGAAAUAGACAAGUCGAGGUGGCACUAUUUUAACCGACUACAGUUUAUUAAGAAGGAGCUCCUAACCGAAGGAAAACCUAAACCAUAUAAAGAUGUAAAAUUCGAAGCCGAGUGCGAAGAACCGCCACCAAAAAAAGCCAAAAGCGCAAGUCCCGAACCAUGCACUUCAUAUUCAGGUCAAGAAUCAUGGAAACUACAGCAAAUCACAACUAAAUUAAACGAGUUAUCCAAGAAGAUAGAAAACCAGAACCCAUUUGACGACGAGUUGAGAAAUAAUCCCGAUUUCAUGUUUCUCAUGAGUAUUUUACCAACGAUACGCGAUUUGACAGACGUUCAGAAGUUUACGUUUAGAGGGAAAGUGAAUGAGUGGUUACUGGAGGCAUUAGCGCAGAAUCAAAUCCUUUGGAGUGAACAAUAUCAGUGUAAAAUUGAAGACCCGGAUUCGUAGUAUUCAGUUAUUAGCUAAACGUUUCUAAACAAUAUUUACUGUAGACUAGACUAGAGUUGCCUAACCAAACUGUUAAAACAGUACAGUAAUCCCCCUAUUACUAUUAUAAUUAUAGGAAAUUGCGUUGUAGGAGUAUUCUCGUAAAACCGUUUUUUUAGAAUAAUUAAAGAACGAAACGAAUUCAAUACUAUUAUUUAGUUUACUUUUGAAACAACACAAUUAAAACAAUACGCCAAACAGAAAUAUAACUUGAGAGAUGUCCGCGUAUAUGUUAUACGAAUAUACGUUAUACUUUUCACUGUUGCACAAAAAUAAAGUAUAUAAGUAUACAUAAUUUUUUUAUUUAGUCAGAAGGAGCUCAGUGCAGCGUAACAUGACAGUUAAUAGAAUAAUGAGCUCAUUUAUUAGAAUUUUAGUUUAUUCUUAUAUUCUUAGUAAAUAUACUUCUCAGAGCUAAAUAUACUUUAUUUAUUGAAAAAGUUGGCAACCCUAGUCUAGAUUCAAUUGCUUCCACGUCGUAUAGGAAAUAUUAUCCUAAAAUUAGGCAGACAUUUGAGCGCCCCAUGUGAUAUAUAAAGACAUUUUGAAGAAAUCGUUUGAUGUUUAGCAGUUUUUAGGUUAAAUAAAUUUAUGAAAGAGAUAGAAAAGACAAAUUUACUAUAGAUCUCAUAAUUGUAAGAGAUAUCUUAGUUAAGAUUAUUUAUAUAUUCUAAAGUAUAAGUUUUUAGUACUGUAUCAAUGGUUUGUGGACUCAGUUUCCGCACUUAGACUCUCAUAGGUCCGUUGUGCGUUGUGUACUGUAUUAUUUGAAGGCAUAGUGUAUAUUUACCUAGCAUUUACAUAUUUAAAAAAAUAAGAACUAUUCCGAGGAUUAUAUAUUUUUGGAUUUUAACGGAUGUAUAUUUUCAAGUAAUUGCUAUACUUUGUAUGACUUGAAAUACAAUAUAUUAAUAUCUGUCGAGUGAUUUAAGUGAAAUAUCAAAAACUAUACAUGCAUA